AUGUCUGGUGAGGACACUCAACCACCGCCCAGCAGCAAGAUAGAGAGCUCAUCGGGGGUACCAGCGUCGCCAUCGGGUCCAGCACAGUCGGGUUUGGAGAGAAAUGAACUCCUCGCGCGGGCUCGGACGUUCUUGUUGUCCCCACAAAUCAAGAAUGAAGAUAUAUUGGCGAAGCGCAGAUUUCUGACAGAGAAAGGGUUGACGGAACCCGAGAUCGACGGGCUCCUUCGUGAACUGCCCUCUCAAGUGCAAGUCCCGCAAGUCCCCCCUCGGACGUACCCCCAGCCCCCUCCGUCACGUCUUCCCGACCUCCUUGCCGGAAUCCUUAGGAUAUCUACGUGGGUGGCCGGAGGUUCUGCUGUCCUCCUACUGGUGUUCUACCGAUUCAUCCUACCGCGUCUAGCGCUUACAUACCAAGCCCGACAUGCUCUGCGGAGGCAACAGAAGGAUCUCGUACUGCGGUUGAACAAGUCUCUGGAGACACUGAAAGACACCCAGAAGGAAUCUUAUGCCGACAUUCCUCGUUCAGAUCCAUUCAAGGAGCCUCCCGAAUACAGGGUCUGCCGAACCAUCGACGAUAUUCUGACUGUCUGUGAAGAUCGUUUGGACGACGUGCCAAGAUACACUCUGUUACGAUGCGCGCUCGCUGAGUUCACUGCAGAGGGAAAGGAGCCGACAGCGCAAACGUUGUUCGAACGCCUGCGUGGCAAGAUACCCUGGCUAGACACGCCAGAGGGUGUUACAUACCAGGAGAAAAUAUGGCAGAUGCUCAUAUCAUCAUCACCUUUCGUGCCUUCCGACCCUUCCCACCCCGAAUCCUGCACCUGGUCGUUCAACCCGCCCCCACCUCCCCAACCAUCCUCGCUAGUCAGCGGUCUCUCCACUUUGCAGUCCUCUUUACCCUCUCCUCCACAGUUUCCUCGCUACCAGCACACACACCAAGCGCUUGUUGACUUCACUGGGUACCUGACGACACAGACCUACGCCUCGUCGACGUUCUUGCGAGGCUCCGGUUAUGGCGUCGGGGGUGCUGAGGGAAACACGGAAGAAGAGGAGGUCAAGCGCGAAAUCCGAGCGCUGAAGGGGCUUGUUUUGAAUCGGCGGUCGUUCAUGGGCUCUUUGCACAGACCGCCGAGUGUUUCGGCGGUCCCGCCCGCGGCCCCUUUCCCGACCCCAUGA